CUUACACGUUGAACAAUGGUCAUCAACUCCACAACGAACACAAACUCAACACGACCGAAUUUCAUCACAGGCAUUCCGCUUUUUCGCGGCACCGUUUCCCCCUUCGAUCGUUCGCUCAUCAAGCAAUACCUUUUCCAGACAGAGGCGGAAUCAAAGCAGAUUUCUGCUGAGAUUAAGAGGUUCAGAAAUAUUAUCACGAUUCUGGAAAUUCGAAAUGAUGAGGUAGAGCAGAAGCUAGAGGCGUGCAAGUCUUUGUUGGCCCCCAUUCAUAUGAUUCCCCCCGAGAUCAUGGUGGAGAUAUUCAAGCUCGUCUGCAAAAUGAAUAGCCUUUAUCAUGGAAGUGAAGAUGAAUAUGGCUUUCACUCGAUCCCCCCCGCCCUGACGCUCUCGAUGGUCUGCGGUCGCUGGAGGGAGUUGGCUGUUACUUCCCCUUCGUUGUGGUCAUCGAUAGAAAUAUAUAACGAUGGCCUUCAAGCAACUGGAUCCAGUGAAAAAAUGUAUCGUGCAGCCAAGCUUUUCUUAGAGCGGUCCGCCGAACAUCCAUUAGACCUAUGUUUGGGUUCACGAGGUGGUCGUGAGCAUGAUAUAUUCGAUCUUUUUGUUCGGCAAGCAAGUCGUUGGCGCAGCAUUCAGCUCUGCUUUUCACCUCGAGCUGGCUAUUUGCCUGGACCUCUAUAUGGACCUGCUUUCGCACCAAUUCGGGGACACCUGCCGAUGUUGACUCACCUGAAACUUGUAGGGACCCUUCGUUCCGACGACGCCGUCUUCCUCAAUCUCUUCGAACUGGCUCCUCUCUUACGUCAUAUUUCCCUCACUUCCGAUUUCAUUACACCAAAUCUUUGUUUACCAUGGCAACAAAUCAGGUUUAUAGACCUCGACGACUGUGAGGUCGGCCGCAUGUUGCAGCAUCUGAAGUCCUUUCAGAACGUGGAGGAGGUAAAGUUCGUUUGUUCAUACCCUUACAGUGACAAUUCCCAUUUCGAAACUCUGCUCCUCAAUCUUACUUCGUUGUCUUUGAUGACGACUCAAGCAUCUCAUAUGGCCGAUGUUCUCCGCCAAUGUAAAUGUCCGAACCUGACGUGUUUGGAAAUACGCAACGAUGGAUCAGAGGAUUGGGAGUCACCUUGGGAACUCUCUUCCGUCGAGAGUAUCUUGCUUCAACCCACAUGCUCCCUAACGAGUCUUCAUCUCGAAGGUGUUCCGUUCACCGACCGUGACUUGAUAUCCCUUCUUCAGCGCCUACCUAGCCUUCUAACUCUCCACGUUCAGGAAAAUUAUUUCUAUACUUAUGAGAUGGAUGAACAGGAUAGGCCUACAAACAUGAUUGCCACAUCUACGUUUCUCCAUCGCCUCUCUUUCCCUCAUCAACACAUGAUAGAGCCACCAUCUGAUUCUGCAUUAUAUCUCCCCAAUCUCCAGGAUCUUACCCUUGUAGUUCAUCCCUCAAAACUGGAUCAACAAGCUCUGGUCAAAGCUGUAGUGAGCCGAUGCCCUGACUCCCGGAAUAGGACAUUUGCAAAGGUCCACGGUGAUUCUCGCUCUUACUUGCGCUCGGUGGCGGUGACUGUCAUGAACGCACGCAAGACUGAAUCUUUCAAUAUUCUCGAAGUUCUCGAAUGCUUCGUGGAAGUCGGUUUGAAAAUUUCGAUAGAAAUUAAAUACGGAGAGAAUGGAGACUCAGAGGAGGACUCGGAAGAAGACUCAGAAGAAGAUGACGACGAGCAGUAAGAGUGGAAUGAGCAUUGGACCAUCCUAGAUCUAUCUUCGGGAUCUAAAUGUGGGGCCCAAAACCGACUUUGAUGGCCUACGUUUAUGGCGGGAACGUGAAAAAUGAGAUCAAAAUGAGAUUGUUUGAAGUGUGGCGUUGUCAUUUACUAUCACUGUGUAGGUGUUUUCAAAUUUUUAGAGAUGCACUUCGGACUUGUAUUUUCUAUGGAUAUAUCUUCUUCGGCUUAAGGAUAUCAGACUCUCAGUAUCUCUACUAGCUAAAUCUGAAAUUUGGAGUGUUUUUAUUGAGUGGACG